GGUGGGUUAAUCAGGAAACAACUCACUUUCAUACACACUGGACGCCUGAAGAUUUUGUCAACAUGUUUUCUCUCGGGGAGAAAAUUGACUUUCUAAUCGGAAAUCCAUUUUCGACACCCGUUGGUCAGAGAAUCGAGCAAGCUACCAGUGGCUCUCUGCAGGCAGAUGACUGGGGGCUAAACAUAGAGAUAUGUGACAUCAUCAAUGAGACAGACGAGGGUGCUAGAGAUGCAGUCAAAGCUAUCAGGAAGAGAAUCGUGGGAAACAAGAACUUCAGGGAGAUCAUGUUGGCCCUCACUGUCCUUGAGGCCUGUGUGAAGAACUGUGGACACCGGUUCCAGGUGCUGGUGGCGUCACAGGAUUUUGUUGAAGGGGUCCUGGUCCGUUCCAUUCUUCCCAAAUAUAAUCCACCCAGUGUUCUGCAUGAUAGGGUUCUCAGCCUCAUACAGUCUUGGGCUGAUGCCUUCCGCAGCUCCUCCUCUUUGUCAGGAGUGGUGCAUGUGUAUGAUGACCUGAAGAGACGAGGUCUGGAAUUUCCCAUGACAGAUCUGGACUCCCUGUCCCCCAUCCACACUCCAAACAGGAGUGUUCCAGAGGAUGGUUCUCCUGAGACGGUCGCCAUCGUUUCUCCUCCACAGCAGAUGCAACCAGCGGCUCCUCCAGGAGAAAACACUCCCACUACCUCACCCUUAGUUCAGAUUGAUAACAGACCAGUGAGACUCUCUGCAGAACAGGAACAGAAGCUGCGGAAAGAGCUGGGGCUGGUGAAGGGAAAUCUCACAGUCAUGUCUGAAAUGCUGAAUAACCUUGUGCCUGGACAGAGUCAGUCUGAAGACACAGAGCUGCUGCAGCAGCUGUACUCGGUGUGUAAACACAUGCAGACCAGAGUGGUGGAGCUGAUCCCACAGCUGUUGGACGAAGGCUUUAUUGAAGAGCUACUGGUCAUCAACGAUGACCUCAACAACACCUUCAUUCGCUACGAGAGGUUUGAAAGACUCAACAAGGCACAAGUCAGUCAUCCUCAGCAGAGCUCCACUCACACUCCUUACCUCAACGACCUGCAUCCUGAGCCCACCAACCUCAGUCAACCUGCUGUCAUCACAACAACCAGCCAACCGGCAGUCAGCAGCACCUGGUCAGGUCAAGGACAGGUGACCAAUCAGACACAAGAGGAGGAGGAGUUUGACAUGUUCGCUCAGACCAGGACUAGUUCGCUGGCUGAACAGAGGAAAUGUGUCAAAUAUGAGGAUCCAGGAGCUGUAGAGGGGCUGGCUGGAGCCCUGGACACUAGGCUGCAGGUCACAGGAGGAACGAACUCUUUCCACAACGACGUUGACAAGUGGUUAUCCUGUGAUACGGAGGAGCAGUCGUCAGUGUGUGAGGGUGUGACCAGUGAAGAGUUUGAUCAGUUCUUGGAGGACCGGGCCAAGGUAGCAGACCAGAACAGCCAGGCGCCUCACCCCACACGGCCCACCACGUCCAGACCCUCACCACAGUCAACACGACGACAGAAUGGAUCGCACGACCAGCUCUUUUCUCUCUGAGUGUGGACACGUCCAGCAGGCAUGUGUGGAAGUUUCAGCCUGCAUGCAGACAUGCUGUAGACCGUUCA